AUGAGGUCGCACACGCCUUCCGGAGACCCUCCCGGACGGAGAGGGUCAGUUACGAACCGAUUUCGAAAUAGCACCGGCGGAAGCGCUCUUCCAAGAUCUCACACAUCACUAAGGGAAUCAAGGUUUCGCGCAACACAACCGACAUACAACCUCUUCACCGGCGGCGAUGCGAAUAGUAGGCCCGCCUCCCGACAGAGCUCCGUCCGUGCCGCGUCCCGCGAAAGUUCCAAGGAGAACAUGGCACCGCCAGACGCUGCCGAGUAUGAGUCGCAACGCCAGGUCAUCGAGGAGCUCAAGGCCGAGUUGGGCACCCUCCGUUACACGAUCAGCACAUUCGAGCAGGAGAAGGAGAUGGCAGACGCGCGACAUAAUGCCGAGCUAGAAGACCAGCGCCGACGCGCACAAGCCGAUUUUACAGCGAAGCAAGCUGCCGAGAGCGAGAAGUCGCAAGCUUUGCGCCAACUCGAGCAUGCGCAGAAGGAGCUGGGCGACUUGCGCGAAGGUGCCUCAGAGGAGAAGUCGGGCCUGGAGAAGAGGGCGCGCGAGGCGGAAGAGGAAGCGCGGCUCCUGCAGGAGCAGUUGGAAGAUCUGUCCAGCGCAAAGGACGAAGCCGCCCGCAUCAACGAGAAGAAGACCAUCGACUUGGAGAUGCAACUGCAGGCGGCCCAAAAGUCUACACAAGAGCUGGAGCAAGAGUCACAGGCUCGCGAGGCUGCUCUCCAGCAGGUGCAGUCCCAGCUUGUCGAGAAGGAUAAUAACAUUGGAAAUCUCGAAGCCGAGGUGUUGCGUCUCAAGGCGCAGACGGGCGACGCCGAUACGAUGGCAAUCAUCAAGCGCGAGUUGUCAGAACAAGUGACUCACAUCCGGAGCUUAGAAGCGACCAACCGCGAGCAACUAUCUGAGCUGAAACAUUUGCGCCAAAUUCAUCGGGCCGUCGAGGUCGUUGAAGAGGAGAAGCGAUCCCUUCAACGUAAGCUCGAAGCUGCCCAGUCCCUCGAGACGGAAUUGGCCGAAGCUCGCAUCCAACGCCAGCGUCUGGAAGACGAACGCAUCGCAUGGACUGCGUACCUCGCCAGCACCGGCACGGAAGCCGAAUUCGACUCCCCCGAGGCUGUCGCCCGCGCUCUCAUCCAGGAACGCCUCACUUCUGCUUCCCACGUUGAGAGAAUCGGUGCCCUGCAGGCUGAACUGGCGGCGCAAGAGUCUUCCUUCAACUCCCUCCAACAAGAAGUUGCCACUCUCAAGUCCCAACUCGCGGAAGCCAAGACGGCCUCUACUACCCAGAACGUCGACAAGAUGCGCCUGCGUACCGAGCGCCAGCGUGUGCUCGCCGUGAAGGAAGUAGAAUACCUUCGCGCGCAGCUGAAGACGUUCGACGCAGAGGACGAGGCCUUCCAGCCCGAGGCCGUCGACGAGACCAGGGCUCGCCGCAUCCAAGAGCUCGAAGACCUCGUCGACAAGUACCGCGCCGAAGUCCAAGCCCUGCACACAGAAAUGUCCGCCAUCGAGACGGGCAAGCCCGCCCCCUCCGUCGCGGGCACUAAGCGCCCACGCGACGAGAACGACGAGGCAGCCCACGAGCAGCUCGGCCUCCUAACCCGCAAGAACCGCAAACUCCAAGACCAGCUGUCAGCAGUCCAGACCCAGCACGCCGUCACCCAGAAGGAGCUCUCCGUCACAAAGGAGCAGCUCAAGGCCCUCAAGGCCCAGUCCAAGACGCGCAUCCUCUCCCUGCGCUCCAACCCCACCUCCGACUUCGAGGCCAUCAAGAUGUCCACCCUCACCGCCCUCAAGCAGGAAAACGCAGACCUCCUCGCCCAGCUCCGCUCCGACCCCUCCGUCCGCCUCGUCCCCGCCACCCAGCUCGACGCCGCCAACCGCCUCGUCGAGGAGGCCCGCGCCGAGACGGCCUCGGCCCAGAAGUCCGCAAGGCGCCUCAAGGAGGUCUGGUCCAAGAAGUCCCUCGAGUUCAAGGAGGCCAUCUUCUCCACCCUCGGCUGGACCGUCAUGUUCAUGCCCAACGGCAAGAUGCGCGUCGAGUCCACCUUCUACCCCUCCCGGACGGACGAGUACGAGAACUCCAUCGUCUUCGACGGCGAGAAGGGCACCAUGAAGGUCGGCGGCGGGCCCCGCAGCGCCUUCGCCCGCCGCAUCGGCGACCAGAUCGGCUUCUGGGUCCGCGAGAAGGGAUGCAUCCCCGGCUUCCUCGCCGCCCUCACCCUCGAGUUUUACGAGGAGCACUCGAGGAACCAGAAUUCCGGCGAGUAG